UUUUAACCUGGUUGUAACCGACCUUCAAUCAAGUCUAAAACCCUCGGCCUCCUCUCCCUGAUUUUACACACACACACCAAAAUAAAAAGUAUGUAUAAGCUCGGUGCCAAACUGACCACCACAGCCAGCAGGUGCUUUUCCCGCUCACCGCCGCCUGUCCGGCAGCUAUACUCCACCACCACCACACCACCCCCAAACCCAGUUGCACUCCAAAUGAUCGAUUAUGCUUUUUCCCUUGCUAGGUCCCACAAAUCAGAUGAAUCAUAUGGACAAGGUUUAUUAGUUUUAGAACAAUGCGAAUCCAAUCAGCAUGAUUCCAUUUCUAAAGGACAUGUUCUUCUUGCUAUCUCCACUCUCUUAUCUGAAAGAGGAAAUAUUGUUGAAGCAAUUGAGAAGUUGAACACGUUUAAGGAUUUAGAGGUUGCUUCUUAUCCUCUUAAAGUGGCUGCCACGGAAGCACUUGCUGGACUUCAUUUAGAAUUAGGAGAGGAUGAUACUUCUUCAGUGAUAGCAGAUGGUUGCUUAAAUGAUUUAGAUGCUAUUAAAGCAGAACUAGGGGAUGGAUUUGGAUCAUUUUAUACUCGUGCCAGAGCAUUAAAAGGCCUGAUAGAGCUCGCUAGUGGCAAUGCAGACUCAUCUCGGUCUUGUUUUAAAGAUGUUGAAGGUAACUUGGGCAUUGGAAAUGAUGCUUUGUCAUAUGCUGAAUUCCUGCACACAACACGGGAUUUCUCAACUGCAAAGCAGUUAUAUCAGAAAGUAAUCAAAGAGAUACCAGAGUCUAAAGAUUAUAACGACCCAUAUAACCUGGCUGCUGGUAACAUGGCACGGGAGGACAUUCUUAUGGCAGCCACUUGUGCUUUAGGACAACUUGAGUCACACAUGGGGAACUUUGGUGGCGCGGAGGAGAUAUUGACAAGGGCACUAACUAUGACUGAAGAACGUUUUGGUCCUCACCAUCCAAAGAUUGGAAUAAUAUUAACUUGCAUAGCUCUCAUGUUUCGGCAUAAAGCAACGAUGGAGCGUUCUAGUUCCCUCAUGGUCCAAGAGGGACUUUAUAGAAGAGCACUAGAAUUGCUGAAAGCCCCUCAGUUGGAAACUGAAGUUAAAAAUGCUAGACUCUGUCAGAAGGAUAUUAUUGCCCUUGCAAGAGGUGGGUAUGCUGAAACCCUUUGUGUUCAACAGAACCGUAAGGCUGCAGGGGAGCAAAUGAAGAGUUGGGCAGAAGCUGCAUGGAACAAUAAACGACUCUCAUUAGCAGAGGCAUUAGACAUAUCUUCAAACAUCCCAAUAAUAGACACUCGAAUUAGCAGGGCACUGUAGUUCCUUUCAUCUGGGUUUUGCUCAAAGUUUUAUCGAGGUUUGUUCUUAACAAUUUUGUCUAUCUGUAUGCAUCAUCUUAAUGAAGUUUUUGACAGCUUAGAGGUUGAUAUAUAAGAUGGAGAAUGCUCAGAGACCCUUUGGCCUAAUGACAUCAAUGAGAAUUAAGGUGUUUCUCAACCAAGUGGUCAAUUGUUCAGUCCCUGACUGAAACAAAGAUAAAGGGUUGGUGGUUGUGUGAGUUUUGACUAACAAAGCAGUCGUCUUACUUGUGCGGUAAAAAGUAGCUUAGCUUACUGCCUGAUCUGUAUCAAUUCGUAUUGUGACAUCUAAAAACAGUUAAAACUUGUUUAAGACAUCAUUACAUAUUACUUGAAUAACAAGAGGAUGACAAAACUGAAUACAUCAUUGUAUCGAACCACUCCAUUACGUUUGGUGACUUUUUGAUAUAAUAUUGGAAUUAUUAUCUUAUA